AUGGACUUCUCCACCCCGUCCAAGCCGGCGCCCACGCCCACGCCCAGGCGCAAGUCCAAGCCCGUGCCCUACGCGCCGCCCGCGUCUCCGGCGACGCCCUCCGCCGUCCGCAGGUCGCGCCGCCUCCUCGACACCCCCACCAAGGACCUCUCGGAGGCCGCCCUCUUCGAGACGCCCGCCAAGCCCAAGCCCAAGCCCACCCUCAAGCGGAAGCGGGCCUCGCCGUCGCCGUCGCCCAAGACCCCGGCCCGGUCCGAGCCCAAGCCCAAGCGGCAGCGGCGGCCACCGGCGAAGCGGGCCUUCUACCGCAAGGUGGUGUACGACGGCGAGGAGUUCGCCGCCGGGGACGACGUGUACGUCAAGCGGCUGGAGGGGGCCGAGUCGGACGCCGAUGACCCGGAGGAGCCGGAGGAUUGCCGCGUCUGCUUCCGCGCCGGCGGCGGGGUCAUGGUGGAGUGCGACGCCUGCCUCGGCGGCUUCCACCUGCGCUGCGUGCGCCCGCCGCUGCGCCGCGUGCCGGAGGGGGACUGGGCGUGCCCCUACUGCGAGGCCGAGCGUGAGGGGAGGGCGAUGGACAGGCCCAAGCCGCCCGUCGGGAAGAAGAUCAAGAGGACUGCCAAGGAGAAGCUUCUCGACAGCGAUUUAUGGGCUGCACACAUUGAGAGUUUACGGAGGGAGCCAGAUGGAGCAUUCUGGGCAAAGGUGAGGUGGUACACUAUUCCUGAAGAGACCGCAGCAGGAAGGCAGCCACACAAUUUGCGGAGAGAGCUCUAUCGUACCAAUGCUCUUGGAGACAUUGAGAUGGAAAGUAUCGUUAGACAUUGUUUUGUCAUGAGCCCCAAAGAGUAUAGGGAUGCCACUAAUGACGGAGAUGAUGUAUUUUAUUGCGAAUACGAGUAUGAUGUACAUUGGCAUAAUUUUAAGCGUCUGGCAGAUAUUGAUGAUGAACCUGAGACAAAAGAAGAUCCCAGUGACGAGCCUUACAAUGCUGCUAAUGAUUAUAACAGUGAUACCGAUGAAGAUUCAGAAUACGACGAGGAGGAUGAACCGGCUACACGUUGCUCAGCCAGAAAGAACCAAUCUAAUGAGAAAAUUUUGCCUGCUAAUUCAUGGAAAGGGAGGAUAUAUGGCCUGCAAAAGAUUGGGAUCCGAAAAAUACCUGAGCAUGUUCGGUGUCAUCAAAAGACUGCUCUGGAGAAGGCGAAGGCUACCCUGUUAUUGGCUACUCUUCCCAAGUCAUUGCCUUGCAGGGAUAAAGAAAUGGAGGAGAUCUCUACAUUUGUGAAGGAUGCAAUUUGCAAUGACCAUUGUCUAGGACGCUGCCUUUAUAUUCAUGGUGUGCCUGGUACUGGCAAGACUAUGAGUGUACUUGCAGUCAUGAGGAGGUUGAGAUCUGAAUUUGAUUCUGGAGCUCUGAGGCCCUAUUGUUUUAUAGAAAUCAAUGGUCUCAAAUUAGCUUCUCCAGAGAAUAUCUACAAGGUUAUAUAUGAACAAUUGAGUGGGCAUAGGGUGGGAUGGAAAAAAGCUCUUCAUUAUUUAACAGAGCACUUCUCAGAUGGCAAGAAAAUUGGAAAGCAAGCAAACCAGCCAAUUGUUUUGCUCAUCGACGAGCUUGAUCUCCUUUUGACAAGAAAUCAGUCGGUGCUGUAUAACAUUCUUGAUUGGCCCACCAAGCCAAAUUCAAACCUAGUUAUUAUAGGUAUAGCGAACACAAUGGAUCUUCCAGAAAAACUGUUGCCUCGUAUCUCAAGUAGGAUGGGUAUUCAACGGCUGUGUUUUGGCCCCUAUAAUUAUCGGCAACUGCAGGAAAUCAUAACAAGCCGUCUUAAGGGUAUCAAUGCCUUUGAAGAUCAAGCUAUUGAGUUUGCUUCUAGAAAGGUAGCUGCUAUGUCCGGUGAUGCUAGGCGGGCCUUAGAAAUUUGUAGACGCGCAGCAGAGUUCGCAGACUACCGUGUUAAACAAUUUCAACAGGUUGAACAGACUCCCUCUUCUGCAAAUACAGGAAAUGGUUUUGUUUGCAUGGGUGACAUAGAAGACGCUAUUCAAGAAGUCUUUCAGGCACCACAUAUUCAAGUAAUGAAGAAUUGCCCAAAAUUUGGAAAAGUUAUACUGGCUGCUAUGGUCCACGAAUUAUACAGAAGUGGCCUAGGUGAAGUAUUGUUUGAUAAGCUGGCAACGACUGUUUUCUCUUGGUGCCACGUCAACAGAGAACUAUUGCCUGGAUACGAUACUCUCCUGAAAAUCUGUUGCAAGCUUGGUGAGAGCAAGAUCGUUCUCUGCGAGGAGGGCACCAAGCAUAAGUUGCAGAAGCUGCAGCUCAACUACCCAAGGCGACGAUGUGACCUUUGCCCUCAAGGAGUCCCCAGAUCUUCCUUGGCUGUCCAAGUACCUCUAAAUCUUAUACCGCAGUGGUCAAAUUUCCCAGCACUCUGCAUUGCAUUCCUGCUUCUCUUGGGGAGCAACAGCCCUGUCUACAUGUAUAAAACUUAG